UAAAGUUUCAAAAAGCAUUAAAUAUCAAAGUGUGUUUAAAGCCUUUUUUGUUGUUGGUCAUGUCUUGGGCAAUGAUGGCUGGUCACUUAGGUUGGGGUUUCAUUGAAGAAGGUUGGAGAAAAGGUCCUUGGACUGCUGAAGAAGAUAAACUCCUUAUUGAAUAUGUUAAGUUACAUGGUGAAGGCAGAUGGAACUCUGUUGCUAGGCUUGCUGGGUUGAAAAGGAAUGGGAAGAGUUGUAGGUUGAGGUGGGUGAAUUAUUUAAGGCCAGACCUUAAAAGGGGACAAAUAACCCCACAUGAAGAGAGUAUUAUUAUCGAGUUACAUGCAAGGUGGGGAAACAGGUGGUCGACGAUUGCGAGAAGCUUGCCGGGAAGAACUGAUAAUGAGAUCAAGAAUUAUUGGAGGACCCAUUUCAAGAAAAAAAACAAGCUUCCAUCAGAUAAUAACACUUCUGAUCAUAAAUCCAAAGCUCGUUUGCUGAAAAGACAACAAUUCCAACAGCAACAACUCCUCCAACAACAACAACAGCAACUGCAACUUCAACAACAACAAGAGCAACAUGAACAACAGUUACAGUUGAAUCAGUUGGACAUGAAAAGGAUCAUGUCUUUGCUUGAUGAAACUGAACAUAAAUCAUCAGUACUUCCAUAUGUGCCACAGUUAAGACAAGAAAUGGCGACUGCUGUUCCAUACCCCAACACAACCGUAGAACAACAACAAGCAGGCUUGUUCUAUCCUAUGAUGGAAUUUGACGGUAACGUUUCGGGUUCCGGCAGCGAUACUUCCAACGAGGUCGAUGUUCUGUGGGAUGGGUUAUGGAAUUUGGAUGAUAUCAAUGGGAAUUUUGGUGCAACAAGCAAAGUUAGCUUUCACAAUCUAGCUACCCCUUUCAGUUAAAUUUUCUUUUAGUUAAAAACAAAACUUUUUAGCGACGAAAAAUUCGUCGGGAAAAAGUUGGUAGUAUUUGUCAAAAUUAGAACGCCGCCCUCUAAACUAAUUCCUACUAGUGUUAGUCUUUUCAAGUAAUCAUCAAAUGAGAAGGCCAUUAAAGGUAGUGAGCCUUAGAUUGAUGAUCAAGGUGUGAAAAUGUCUUGUUAAGAAAGAAUAAUUGUAAU